GUUCGCAAAUUGAAUUAGGCUCCUGUCAGAAAGAAUUUGUCACCUGGUUGACCUACACUCGCAUGGAAUGGAAGUGGGAUUCGCGUGGGACCUUCUCAGUCGAAACUUCCCUGAAUCUCCCCCUUAUUCACCUUGUACAAUUUAUUUUUGAGUGUAUUUUCCAUUUUUCACCGAGAAGAUUUGUGAUUGUACCAUAUACUGGAAACAAUUCGUAUGAAAUUCUUCGUUGUUAAUCGCCCAAGAUUAACAGUUGCACAGGUGGCCGAUCGUUUGAAAAGAUGUUCAAAUUUGAAAGAGAUUGAAUCAUUUUAUGCAAUGAUGAUCAAGAACGACACAACUCAAAAUUGCUUCUUGGUAAACCAAUACAUAACUGCUUGUUCCACUUUUCACAGUAUAGAUUCGGCAAUUUUUGCCUUUUCUCAGAUGGAAAAUCCCAAUAUAUUCGUGUACAAUGCAAUAGUUGGAGCCUUUGUAAAUUGUUUUCGCCCAUUUGAAGCUUUACAGUACUACAUUGACAUGCUGAGGAAUUCUGUAUAUCCAAGUAGUUAUACGUUCCCGGCAGUAACUAAGAGCUGUAGAGUUUUAUCUGCUGUGGGAUUUGGGGAAUGUGUUCAUGGGCAGGUCUGGAAAUACGGGUUCCCAUCGCACGUUCAUGUCUUAACUGCACUGAUUGAUUUUUAUUCGAGUUUUGGUAGGGUUGAUGAGUCAAGGAUGGUGUUCGAUGAAAUGCCAGAAAGAGAUGGUUUUGCUUGGUCUACAAUGAUUGAAGCUCAUGCCAGCAUUGGGGAUUUGGCUUCAGCGAGGAGGUUGUUUGAUGAGAUGCCGGAGAAAAAUACUGCUGCAAGGAAUACCAUGAUUCAUGGAUAUGCGAGAGUUGGCGAUGUUAACUCAGCUGAGGAGUUGUUUUAUAUGAUGCUCGGGAAGGAUUUGAUUUCGUGGACAACAAUGAUCAAUUGUUACACAAAAAGCAAGCAAUAUAGCAAAGCCUUAGAACUUUUCUAUGAAAUGAAGAAUGAAGAAGUUAGACCUGAUGAAGUGACCCUGUCAACUGUAAUAUCAGCCUGUGCACAUCUUGGGGCACUGAACCAAGGGAAGGAAAUACACAUAUAUGCUAUGCAAAGCGGGUUUGAUCUCGAUGUUUAUAUGGGGUCUGCAUUGAUUGAUAUGUAUGCGAAGUGUGGGGUCUUGGAGAGGGCACUUGUGGUAUUUUUCAAGUUACAGGAGAAAAAUCUCUUCUGUUGGAAUUCUGUGAUUGAUGGGCUUGCAGUUCAUGGGCAUGCUAAAGAAGCAUUAGUGAUGUUUGGUCGAAUGGAGAAGGAAAAGAUCAAACCAAAUGGCGUGACCUUUGUUAGUAUUCUCAGUGCUUGUACUCAUGCAGGACUUGUGGAAGAAGGCCGGAGGAGAUUCUUUAACAUGACACACAAGUAUGGAAUCCUUCCUGAAAUUGAACACUACGGAUGCAUGAUCGAUCUCUUGUGCAAAGCCGGUUUGCUGGAAGAAGCACUAGAGUUGAUACGAGGUAUGAGAAUGGAUCCCAAUUCUGUCGUUUGGGGUGCUUUAUUAGGCGGUUGUAAGCUUCACAAGAACUUGGAGAUUGCUCAACUUGCUGUUGAUAGAUUGGUGGUCUUGGAGUCAAAUAGUAGUGGAUAUUAUUCCCUUUUAGUUAACAUGUAUGCUGAAGAAAAUCGAUGGCAUGAAGUUGCAAGAAUGAGGACAAUCAUGAAGGAACAUGGAGUAGAAAAGAAAAGUCCUGGUUCGAGCUGGAUUGAAGUGGACAAAAAGACGCACCAGUUUUCUGCAUGUGAUAAUUAUCAUCCAGCAUCAGGAGAAAUUUACUCUCUACUGGAUGUUUUAGACCUGCAACUUAAGCUGAUUGGCUAUGCACCUCAGUAUGAUUUUAUCUUGUAAACAGUUGUGGUAGCAGAGGGCCAAAUUUUGGAUGCCAUACAUCAUAUAUGUCAAUCCUGUUCGCCAAGAACUAUGGGAGAGCCUGUUGCAGUUUUAUAUGGCCCUGACGGGAACAAGUUUCUGUUUAUUAAUAAAAUAAACUGGUCACAAUUUGGUGGCCUACCUCUGUUAGGAUGCUUCUUGGACACUGUCUUGCCACCAUUAGUGGUGAUGAAGGGAAGCAAAUGAGAAGAUGCUAUCUUGUUUCAUCAUUCCUGAUGCAUUUACAAGGUUGUACAUGAAGGUAAAGAAGAGAUGAAGGUGUUCCCAACCAUCAAUCUAUACGACUGAAGUAGCAUGUCGUUUCUUAUAAGCCUUGAAGACCCUCACCAAAUUGCCAAACUUGAUGUUUAUUGUUUUCUUGAAUGGAAUAAUCUCAGUCCCUAUUAACUUCCCAGGAACAAGAUUCUUAAUGCAAAGAGCGCGACUAUUGCUAUAAAGAAACAAGUACAAUCAAUAGUCAGAAACAGAAGAGUAACCUUGGAACAGGAAAUUGUUUCAGCUUCACAACAUCCUGAUGAAAAUGGCAAGUUUAUGUCUGAAUCAGGUUGCUGGUCACGACACUUCUAGUGUUGCCAUAACUAUGCUGAUGAAGAAUCUUGGACAACUUCCUUGAACUUGUGAAAAUGUAUUUAGAGGUAAAAGUACAUACCCUUCGUUUCACCUUGUUGACAUAACUACACCUAAUGAUUUAUGUUUCAAAUCAUCCUACGAAGCAGGGGAAUUUUCACAGUGGGAUGAUGUACAGAAGAUGAGGUACUAGUAGAAUGUAUUGUCUGAAACUAUUAGACUAUCACCACCCACAAUAGGUGCUUUUAGAGAUGCACAAGUCGAUUUUAAGUAAGCAGUUUAUGACAUUCCCACGGGAUGGAAGGUACUUAAAUUUUUCUCUUAUUUAUUCUUACUUCUUUUAUGAGAUUUUCCAAGACUUCUGGAAUUUUCUUCCCCCCUUUUUUCACAAGUAAAAAAGAAUUUCAAGAAUUUCUGUAACAGUAAUUUAGGGCCCGUUUGGUGGUGCUUUUGAAAAAUCAAAAGCUAUUUUUCAGACUAAGAAAAUGCUUUUGAACAUAUUAGGACAAUUUCUUGGAAGUGCUUUGUUUGUCUAGAUGAGCUUUUAGAGGAAGCUAGCUUAGGGUAGUUUUCUAAGGAAGCUUUUCUACAAUAAAUAAAAGCAGAAGCCUUGUCAAAGGGGCCCUUUUGAUUCACUUUUGAACUAAUGAUUCAUGACCUAAUUAUGCUGUUGCAACAGUUAUACAGGAAGGCCUUCUUCACAAAUUCACUUUCUAGCUUGUUUGAAGAGAACAUAAAAUUUGAUCCAUCGAGCUAUGAAAGGGCAGGACCUACUCCAUUUUCUUAUGUUCCAAUUGAAGGGGGAUCUCCGAUGUGCUAGGGUAAAGAGUUUGCUAGGCUCGAUAUUCUUUAAUUUCUGCAAAACAUAGUUAAGAAAUUUCGAUGGGAUUUACUGAUUCCUGAUAAGAAAGUAGAAUGCAUCUUAUGCCCACCCCAGUCGAAGGACUUCCAGUUCAUCUUCAUCCUCAUAAGCCCUAGGAUGUUAUGGCUUCUUAUGUUGAUGCUUCAUUGCAUUAGUUGAAGAAAAUUGGAGAGUUAAUAUUGAGAAAUACAUGGUCAAUCCCGUGUAUUAGGUAACAGCACUAGCUAGGUCCACUUGGACUUCUGUCAAGAUUAAGAAAUUCAAGUGUGUUGAUACACCAUAGGUAAUCUUCCUCCUAGUUAAAAUAUAAUUUUAGCAUGCAAAA